GGCGGUGACCACUGCGGUCCAAAUACUCCAGAGUCUCUGCGCCCGCAGGUACCGACACUGUCUGACUCUCCUCCAGGUUUGUCCUCUCCUUGACAGGCAGGUGACAGAGACCCCCACCUCCUCCCCUCCUCUCUCAGGUGGACAGGCAUGGCUGGCGCGGCGGCACCGAAGCGGCAGGACACCCGCAAGUUCUUCGAGAAUCUGUCCGGGGCCGGUAAAUCCAUCGCGGUGCUGACCAGCGGAGGAGAUGCGCAAGGCAUGAACGGGGCGGUCCGGGCCGUCGUCCGGAUGGGCAUCUACGUGGGAGCGAAGGUCUACUUCAUCCACGAGGGCUACCAGGGCAUGGUGGACGGUGGAGACAACAUCAAAGAGGCGACAUGGGAAAGUGUCUCCAGCAUGUUGCAAGUGGGUGGCACGGUCAUCGGCAGCGCCCGCUGUAAAGAGUUUCGUGCCCGCGAGGGACGCCUGAAGGCCGCGCACAACCUCGUGCGGCGCGGCAUCACCAACCUGUGCGUGAUCGGUGGCGACGGCAGCUUGACCGGAGCCAACAUGUUCAGGGAGGAGUGGAGCGGCCUGUUGGACGAGCUCCUGCAGCAAGGUCUGAUCGACGAGGAGGCGGUGCGCAGUAACUCCGUGCUCCACAUUGUCGGCAUGGUCGGCUCCAUCGACAACGACUUCUGCGGCACCGACAUGACCAUCGGCACCGACUCGGCUCUGCACAGGAUCAUCGAGGUGGUGGACGCCAUCAUGACCACCGCUCAGAGCCACCAGAGGACGUUUGUGCUGGAGGUCAUGGGCAGGCACUGCGGAUACCUGGCCAUGGUCAGUGCCCUGGCGUGUGGAGCCGACUGGGUUUUUAUCCCAGAGAUGCCUCCUGAAGACGGCUGGGAGGACAGCAUGUGUCAGAAACUGUCUGAGAACCGCUCUCAGGGUUGCAGGCUGAACAUUAUCAUAGUUGCUGAAGGAGCCAUUGACAGACAAGGACAACCCAUUACCUCUGACUUUGUGAAGGAUCUCGUGGUAAGCCGCCUGGGCUUUGACACCAGGGUCACCAUCCUGGGUCAUGUGCAGAGAGGUGGAACCCCGUCUGCAUUUGACCGGAUCCUGGCCAGUCGUAUGGGUGUGGAGGCAGUGCUGGCGUUACUGGAAGCCUCUGCCAACACCCCGGCCUGCGUCGUGUCUCUGGUUGGCAACCAGGCUGUCCGACUGCCACUUAUGGAGUGUGUUCAGAUGACCCAGGAGGUGCAGAAGGCCAUGGAUGAGAAGAAGUUUGAGGAAGCGGUGGCGCUGCGUGGCAGGAGCUUUGAAAACAACCUGAUCACCUACAGACUCCUCUCCCACCGGAAAUCAGACUCCGAGCUCCCGACUAGCUCCUUUAACGUUGCAGUGUUGAACGUCGGCGCCCCGGCGGCGGGUAUGAACGCCGCCGUGCGCUCUGCCGUCAGAGUGGGAAUCACCGAAGGCCACAAAAUGUUUGCUGUAAACGACGGCUUCGAGGGAUUCUACAAGGGACAGAUCAAGGAGUUUAAAUGGGGAGACGUUGGUGGCUGGACUGGCCAAGGAGGCUCCCUGCUCGGGACCAAACGAACUCUGCCAGGGAAACAUCUGGAGAAGAUCGCUGAGCAGAUGAGGAUUCAUAACAUCAACGCUCUGCUCGUCAUCGGAGGAUUUGAGGCCUUUGAGUCCCUACUGGAGCUGUACGAGGCCCGAGCCGACUACGAGGAGUUUUGCAUCCCGAUGUGCAUGCUGCCUGCCACCAUUAGUAACAAUGUCCCUGGCACCGACCUCACUCUCGGCGCCGACACGUCCAUCAACACCAUCGUGGAGACGUGCGAUCGCAUCAAGCAGUCAGCGAGCGGCACCAAGCGCCGGGUCUUCAUCAUCGAGACCAUGGGGGGCUACUGCGGCUACCUGGCCACCGUGGGCGGUCUGGCUGCAGGCGCCGACACGGUCUACAUCUACGAGGAGCCGUUUGACAUCCGGGACCUUCAGGCCAACGUGGAACAUCUGACGCAGAAGAUGAAGACGAGCAUCCAGAGAGGCUUAGUGCUCAGAAAUGAGAACUGCAACGAGAACUUCACCACCGACUUCGUCUACCAGCUGUACACCGAGGAGGGACGAGGAGUGUUCGACUGCAGGAAGAACAUCCUCGGUCACAUGCAGCAGGGAGGAUCUCCGUCACCCUUUGAUAGAAACUUUAGCACUAAAAUUGCAGCUAAAGCCAUUCAGUGGAUCACACGGACGCUCAAGGACUCUUACAAAGGAGGGCGAGUGUUCGCCAACUCGGAGGACACCGCCUGCCUGCUGGGGAUGCGUCGCAGAGCUCUGGUGUUUCAGCCCGUGUCACAGCUCCGUGACGAGACCGACUUCGUCCACAGGAUCCCGAAGGAGCAGUGGUGGCUGAAGCUCCGUCCGCUGAUGAAAAUCCUCGCCAAGUACAAGACGAGCUACGACGUGUCCGACUCCGGCCAGCUGGAGCACGUGACCCGGAUCCGACCCAAAGAGACCAACACCUCUGCGACCAUCUGAACCGGCGGAGGGCAGAGAGAGAGAGAGCGCUUCACUCCGACAGGAAGAACAGCUUCACCAACAGUGACAGCUUCUCACACAAUGACUGACUGACUGCAGAUACAUUAAGGUAGAUUAUUAAAGAUCAUGAGGUGUCAGGUUUAUCAUGGUGCAGGCAGAGGAGCUCUUUAUGUAGCAGAGCUGAGAUAUUCUGUAUUUUCUAGAUUCCCCAAUCAAAGUUCUAAUAAUUAAAUAUAUAUCUAAGCACUCCUCGUCAUGUAUCGUAGAAGUAUUCAUGUUUUAGUCAUUAAACUGUAGCUGUAUGAAUUUCUUUUUAUUUUCUGCAGCACUUUGAGCCCCAUAAUUACUGCAAGCUGCUCAUAAAGAGCAUCGACAAAACAUCCAACUUGAUAAACUUGAAGGGAACCGUGACCAUGCUGACUGUGUGUGUGUGUGUGUCCUAUCGCCUGCUAAGUGUGUGUCUGAGUGUGUGUUGUGUUGUUGGCUUUGUCUCUGUCAGUAUCUGUGAGUUGUUGCCGUAGCUUGGCAGUGAAGAAGUGGCGGAUGUCUGAAACUCGUACGCGACAUUAACUGUAUGUGUCACUGAGUAAUAAAUCAUGUAUCGUGUGGAAA